AUGGGCAAAAAAUGGGAAAAAACGGCGAAAAAACGGGCAAAAAAUGGGUAUAAAACCAGAGGGGAGCGCGACUUCCGGCUGGAAUUCCGGGAAAUGGGAAUGGUCAAGAGCGUCACCUGCACCUACUCGCCGUCCCUGAACAAGCUGUUCUGCCGGCUGGCCAAGCCCUGCCCGGUGCAGGUGCGGGUGGGGGUCCCGCCGCCCCCCGGGGCGCUGCUCCGCGCCGUCGCCGUCUAUAAAAAGGCCGAACACGUGGCCGAGGUGGUGCGGAGGUGUCCCCACCACGAGCGCUGCGGCACCGACGGUAACGCCCCCGCCCAGCACCUGAUCCGGGUGGAGGGGAACCCCCAGGCCCGGUACCAGGACGACGAAACCACCAAGAGACACAGCGUGGCCGUGCCCUAUGAGCCCCCUGAGGUGGGCUCGGAGUGCACCACGGUUCUCUACAACUUCAUGUGCAACAGCUCCUGCAUGGGGGGCAUGAACCGCCGGCCCAUCCUCACCAUCCUCACCCUGGAGGGGCCCGGGGGUCAGAUCCUGGGCCGGCGCUGUUUCGAGGUUCGGGUCUGCGCCUGCCCCGGCCGCGAUCGGCGCCACGAGGAGGAGACGCAGCGCAAAGGGGGCGGGGCCGGGGGCGGGGCCAAGCGAGCCCUGCCCCCCCCGGCUGAGGCCCCCGAGAGCUCCAAGAAACGAGUCCAGGACCCCGACGAGGAAAUCUUCUACCUGCCCGUGCGGGGCCGGCAGCGCUUCGAGAUGUUCCGGAUGGUCAACGAGGCCCUGGAGGCCACAUUUGGGGGGGGCCCGGCACCCCGAAAGAGCAAGAGGCGCCGCCCGCGGGGGGAGGGGCGGGUGCCCCGUGGGAAGAAGCUGCUGCUCAAGGGGGAGUCGGGGGAGUCGGACUGA